CAGAAUAACCCGGAUCCUUAAAAGGAAUCGAGUUUGACAGGCCUAUCUCGCACUGACUGUCCUCUUCUAUUCAAAAUGACCAAUCGUGUCUGAGUAUUUGGUUUGAGGUGGUUACAGCCAUUCUGGUUAUGGGUGUGUGAAGUGACGCAGUCUUCAAUUUGCAUACAACCUGGGAUAUAUACCAGGUAACUUCGCUAACUGUUUACUCUCAGUUUAUCAUAUUCGAAAAAGCAACAUGCCAGACCCAGCUAAACCCGCGCCCAAGAAGGGCUCUAAGAAAGCCGUGACAAAGACUGCCGGCAAAGGAGGAAAGAAGCGCAGAAAGACCAGGAAGGAGAGCUAUGCCAUCUAUGUGUACAAGGUCCUGAAGCAGGUCCAUCCUGACACCGGUAUCUCUUCCAAGGCCAUGGGCAUUAUGAACUCCUUCGUGAACGACAUCUUCGAGCGCAUUGCUGGAGAGUCAUCCCGUUUGGCCCACUACAACAAGCGUUCUACCAUCUCUUCAAGGGAGAUCCAGACGGCAGUGCGUCUGCUUCUGCCCGGUGAGUUGGCCAAGCACGCCGUGUCCGAGGGAACAAAGGCCGUCACAAAAUACACCAGUUCCAAGUAAAGUGUUAACGUAACGCUUCACAACACAAAGGCUCUUUUAAGAGCCACCCACAUUCUUUGGGAAGUAAUUCCAAUUGUUAUACCUAACUGUAAAAACUUUCAUUACUGCUAUUAUAUAUUUUUAU